GCAGGCAGCGGACUGAGGAUGCUCUGUUGUCUGGUGCGCACUCUCCUGUCUCCAGCUCUCCACCAUCACCAUGGAAGAGCUUAAUUAAUGCACAGGCUUUAUGUGUCCCUCCUGCUCCCGGAGCUGAUGAUCGGUAAACCGCCGUCGUUUGACACCGGACCCGCGUUAUUCGCCCUCGGAAACACUGGAGCCGUGUUAGAGAGCGGGGAGGACCGCGGCUGAAUCAUAAAGUCUUCAGAAAAGAGGCAAAUUAUGCCAGCAGCACCAGAGUCCCUCCCCCUGGUGACGUGCCAGCUCAUUGGUCAGACUCCUCUGCCCUCCCCUAGCCUCCCUGUCUACUCUGGCAGAUCCAUGCUGCUGGAUGCUCCUCACAGAGCCACACCCGCACCAUGAGCGCCAACGGGCCCGCCCCAGACCCAGCCCCUGCUGCGGCCCCAGAGGCCCCUCCCGCCUCGACCCCUGCCCCCGCCGCGGCCCCUGCUGCGGCCUCUGCCCCGGCCCCGGCCCCGGCUCCGGCUCCUGCGCCACCUCCCGCUCCGCCUGCCCAAACGUCCGGAACCAUCCCGGUAGGUGCGUUGGCACAGAAGAAGCGGGCGCAGUAUGCCAAAAGCAAGAAACAGGGCAGCAAUGCCAACAGCAGGCCAGCCAGGGCUCUGUUCUGCCUAAACCUCAACAACCCCAUACGCAGGGCCUGCAUCAGCCUGGUGGAGUGGAAGCCAUUUGAUAUCUUUAUAUUAAUUGCUAUUUUUGCCAACUGUAUGGCCUUAGCUGUCUAUAUCCCCUUCCCUGAAGAUGAUUCCAACUCCACAAACCACGACCUGGAAACAGUCGAGUAUGCCUUCCUCAUCAUUUUCACAAUCGAGACCUUUCUGAAGAUCAUCGCAUACGGUUUGGUGAUGCAUCAGAACGCGUAUGUGCGCAACGGUUGGAACAUGCUGGAUUUCGUCAUUGUUGUCAUAGGACUCUUCAGUGUUGUCUUGGAGCUUUUGACCAAAGAUGAGAAGCCAGAGGGUGACGGACCAAGUAGCCAUCCGUCAAUGCACGGCCACGGGGGAAAACCAGGUGGAUUUGAUGUUAAAGCCCUUCGAGCCUUCCGUGUGCUGCGACCCCUGCGGCUGGUCUCAGGAGUACCCAGUUUACAGGUGGUGUUGAACUCCAUCAUUAAAGCCAUGGUCCCUCUUCUCCACAUUGCCCUCCUGGUCUUGUUUGUCAUUAUCAUCUAUGCUAUUAUUGGCCUGGAGCUAUUUAUUGGGAAAAUGCAUGCAACCUGCUAUCUUCCUGGCUCAGAUGGGUUAGCAGAGGAGGAACCCGCUCCAUGUGCGAUCUCAGGGCACGGGCGCCAAUGCCCCAUCAAUGGCAGUGAGUGCAGGGAAGGCUGGCAAGGUCCCAACAACGGCAUCACCAACUUUGACAACUUCCUGUUUGCCAUGCUGACGGUGUUUCAGUGCAUCACCAUGGAGGGCUGGACGGACGUGCUAUACUGGAUGAACGACGCUAUGGGCUUUGAGCUUCCAUGGGUGUACUUUGUCAGUCUUGUGAUCUUCGGCUCCUUUUUCGUGCUUAACCUGGUUUUGGGUGUGUUGAGCGGAGAGUUCUCCAAGGAGAGAGAGAAGGCCAAAGCUCGCGGAGACUUCCAGAAGUUGCGUGAGAAGCAGCAGCUAGAGGAGGAUCUGAAGGGUUACCUGGACUGGAUCACUCAGGCCGAGGACAUCGACCCCGACAAUGAGGACGAGGCCGACGAGGAGAGCAAACGCAACCGGGUGACUCUGGCUGACCUUACUGAGAAGAAGAAAGGAAGGUUUGGGUGGUUCAGCCAGUCGUCCGACACUCAUGCGAGCGUUCCAGCCAGUGAGACAGAAUCUGUGAACACCGAAAAUCAAAACGAGGGGGAUGAAAAAACACAAUGCUGCGGACCUCUGUGUCAGAAAAUUUCAAAGUCAAAGUUCAGCCGGCGCUGGCGCCGCUGGAACAGGUUCUGCCGCAGGAAGUGCCGGUUGGCUGUCAAAUCGGUGCCUUUCUAUUGGCUGGUCAUCAUCCUGGUGUUCCUGAACACUCUCACCAUUUCAUCAGAGCAUUACAACCAGCCACUGUGGCUGACACAAGUACAGGAUGUGGCCAACAAAGUGCUGCUGGCCCUGUUCACAUGUGAGAUGUUGGUGAAGAUGUACAGUCUUGGGCUUCAGGCUUAUUUUGUUUCACUCUUUAAUCGCUUCGACUGCUUUGUUGUGUGUGGAGGAAUCACAGAGACCAUCCUGGUGGAGCUCGAAAUCAUGUCCCCCCUCGGUAUCUCUGUGUUUCGCUGUGUCCGCCUGCUGAGGAUCUUCAAGGUCACACGUCACUGGCAGUCACUUAGUAACCUGGUGGCUUCUCUGCUCAACUCCAUGAAGUCCAUCGCAUCCCUGCUGCUGCUGCUCUUCCUCUUCAUUAUCAUCUUCUCCCUACUGGGCAUGCAGGUGUUCGGUGGAAAGUUCAACUUUGACGAGACUCAGACCAAGAGGAGUACAUUUGACAACUUCCCUCAAGCUCUUUUGACCGUAUUUCAGAUCCUGACUGGUGAAGACUGGAAUGCUGUCAUGUAUGACGGGAUCAUGGCAUACGGUGGUCCGUCCUCUUCUGGGAUGAUUGUAUGCUUUUAUUUCAUCAUCCUCUUCAUCUGUGGAAACUACAUCCUCCUGAAUGUCUUCUUGGCUAUCGCUGUGGACAACUUGGCAGACGCAGAGUCCCUGAACACAGACGAAGGAGACAAGAAAGGGGACAAAAAGGAUGAUGAGAAAGAAAAAGAGGAAGAGGAGGAGGACAACGAUGACACUGCGGCAGAGGAGGAGGAUCCAGAAGUUCCAUCAGGGCCUCGGCCAGUCAUCUCCGAUUUGGUCAAGAAGGAGAAGAUCACUCCUAUCCCUGAGGGAAGUGCCUUCUUCAUCUUCAGCAGCACAAACCCGGUCCGUGUUUUCUGCCACAAACUCAUUAAUCAUCACAUUUUCACAAACCUCAUCCUUGUGUUCAUCAUGCUCAGCUCUGUCUCACUCGCUGCUGAGGAUCCAAUCAGAAACUUCUCAGCUCGCAAUAUUAUACUUGGUUACUUUGACUAUGCUUUCACGGCUAUCUUUACUGUUGAGAUCGUGUUGAAGAUGACAACAUACGGCGCUUUUCUUCAUAAAGGAGCGUUCUGUAGAAAUUACUUCAACCUCCUGGACCUGUUGGUAGUGGGAGUUUCCCUCGUCUCCUUCGGCAUCCAGUCUUCUGCCAUCUCAGUGGUGAAGAUUCUUCGUGUGCUUCGUGUCCUUCGACCUCUGAGGGCCAUCAACCGAGCCAAAGGCCUCAAACACGUGGUGCAGUGUGUGUUUGUGGCCAUCAGAACGAUUGGUAACAUAAUGAUCGUCACCACUCUGCUCCAGUUCAUGUUCGCCUGUAUAGGAGUGCAGCUGUUUAAGGGAAAAUUCUAUCGCUGCACUGAUGAGGCCAAAUCCAGCCCAGAAGAGUGCAAGGGAACAUACAUCCUUUAUAAGGAUGGAGAUGUUAACCAGCCCACCAUCCACAAAAGAGUAUGGCACAACAGUGAGUUCAACUUUGACAACGUCCUCAUGGCGAUGAUGGCUCUGUUCACCGUGUCCACUUUUGAAGGCUGGCCAGCUUUGCUCUACAAGGCCAUCGACUCCAACAGGGAGAACCUCGGCCCUAUUUACAACUACCGUGUGGAGAUCUCCAUCUUCUUCAUCAUCUACAUCAUCAUCAUUGCUUUCUUCAUGAUGAACAUCUUCGUAGGUUUCGUGAUCGUCACCUUUCAGGAACAAGGAGAGAAAGAGUACAAGAACUGUGAGCUGGACAAGAACCAGCGUCAGUGCGUGGAGUAUGCACUGAAGGCUCGCCCACUGAGGAGGUACAUCCCUAAGAACCCAUACCAGUACAAGUUCUGGUAUGUGGUGAACUCCACCGGGUUUGAGUACAUCAUGUUUGUGCUCAUCAUGCUCAACACGCUCUGCCUGGCUGUACAGCACUAUGGCCAGUCUGCGCUCUUUAACUAUGUGAUGGACAUUCUUAAUAUGGUCUUCACCGCUGUCUUCACUGUGGAAAUGGUUCUCAAACUCAUCGCUUUCAAACCCAGGCACUAUUUCGCUGAUGCUUGGAACACAUUUGAUGCCUUAAUUGUUGUUGGUAGCGUCGUCGAUAUCGCUAUCACUGAAGUUAAUAACACUGAGGACAGUGCUCGCAUCUCCAUCACCUUCUUUCGUCUGUUUCGAGUCAUGCGGCUGGUCAAGCUCCUCAGCAGAGGGGAGGGCAUUCGCACCCUGCUUUGGACCUUCAUCAAGUCCUUCCAGGCUCUGCCAUAUGUUGCCCUUCUGAUAGCCAUGCUGUUUUUCAUUUAUGCCGUUAUUGGCAUGCAGGUGUUUGGAAAAAUUGCCAUGGUGGAUGGCACUCACAUCAACAGAAACAACAACUUCCAGACCUUUCCUCAGGCUGUGCUCCUUCUCUUCAGAUGUGCGACUGGAGAGGCAUGGCAGGAGAUCAUGUUGGCCUGUAUGCCGGGGAAACUGUGUGAUCCUGAGUCAGACUAUAACCCUGGAGAGGAGAUGACUUGCGGCAGUGGAUUUGCAAUUGUUUACUUUAUCACCUUCUACAUGCUCUGCGCCUUCUUGAUUAUAAACUUGUUCGUGGCUGUCAUCAUGGACAACUUUGACUAUCUAACCCGUGACUGGUCCAUUCUUGGUCCGCACCACCUUGAUGAAUUCAAGAGAAUUUGGUCAGAGUAUGACCCAGAGGCAAAAGGCAGAAUUAAACAUCUGGAUGUUGUGACGCUUCUUCGUCGUAUCCAGCCUCCUCUUGGCUUCGGCAAACUGUGUCCUCACAGAGUCGCAUGCAAGAGGCUGGUAGCCAUGAACAUGCCUCUGAACAGUGAUGGCACUGUCAUGUUUAAUGCCACUUUGUUUGCGCUGGUGCGCACCGCCCUGAAGAUCAAAACUGAAGGUAAUCUGGAGCAGGCCAACGAAGAGCUGCGAGCUGUCAUCAAGAAAAUUUGGAAAAGGACCAGCAUGAAGCUGCUGGAUCAAGUGGUGCCCCCUGCUGGUGAUGAUGAGGUAACCGUGGGGAAGUUCUAUGCCACCUUCCUGAUACAGGACUACUUUAGGAAAUUCAAGAAACGUAAAGAGGAAGGCCUGGUGGGUUCUCACCCCUCGCAGAACAACACAGCUAUCGCCUUACAGGCUGGCCUUCGUACGCUGCAUGAUAUUGGGCCCGAAAUUCGCCGAGCGAUAUCAUGUGAUCUGCAAGAUGACGAGCUAGUAGACUUUAUUCCAGAGGAAGACGAGGAAAUUUAUAGGCGGAACGGCGGACUCUUUGGUAACCAUCUCAUGAAUGGUGGUCAUCGGAGGUCCAAUGGCCAUCAGACCAACGCCACACAGAGACCUCUACAGGUACAGCCUCCACCUCACUACGCCCACAUGGAGCAGCCGGUGGGACGCCUUUCUCGAGCCAACGCCAUGUCCCACCACAACCACCAUCAUCACCACCACCACCAUCACCACAGACACCACAACUCCUACGGCAAAUCUCCCAAAUCCACCAACAUCAACCUCAACAACGCCAACGUCUCCAGCUUGCCCAAUGGAGGACACCAUCGUUACUACGAGCAUGCUCCACCCAAUGGUUACCCGGGUCAUCGCAGCGCCUACUACGACUAUGAGAAGCCCCGCACCCCGCAGGGUCAAAGAAGGCGCUACUAUGAGACCUAUGUUAGGUCCCGUGGAGUGGAUGGACGCCACCCCACCAUCCGCAGGGAGGAAGAGUUUGAUGAAGACCGCUUCUCUGGGGAGUAUUACAGUGGAGAGGAGUUCUAUGAAGAUGACAGUAUGCUGUCAGGGGACAGAUAUCAGAACAGUGACACGGAGUAUGAGACCCCCAAAGGUUACCAUCACCCUGACAGUUACUAUGAUGAUGACGAGCAGCCACUUUACCGUGACUCAAGAAGGUCACCAAAGAGACGGCUGCUUCCUGCCACACCUCAAGGUCACAGGAGGCCGUCCUUCAACUUUGAGUGUCUGCGCAGACAGAGUAGCCAGGACGAGCUUCCACAUCAGCGUACCGCUCUACCACUGCACCUCAUGCAGCACCAGGUAAUGGCUGUAGCAGGCCUAGACUCCAGCAGAGCCCAUCGCCUCUCCCCGACCCGCUCCACCCGCUCCUGGGCCACCCCCCCUGCCACCCCAGCCAGUAAAGACCAGUCUCCGUACUACACCCCUCUCAUUCGAGUGGACCACCAACACAGGGGGAGCGCUGCCAGCAGCCAGGUAUCGGUACGCAAGAGCUCUUGGUACACAGACGACCCUGAGUUCUCCCAGAGGACGUACUCGCCAGUUCACUUGCAGGUGCCACCUGAGUACCACAACCAGUAUCACCAGAAGAGAGGCAGCGCCACUAGCCUUGUGGAAGCGGUUUUGAUAUCAGAAGGGCUUGGGAGAUAUGCCAAGGACCCAAAGUUUGUUGCUGCCACAAAGCAUGAGAUCGCAGAUGCCUGUGAGAUGACGAUAGACGAGAUGGAGAGUGCAGCUAGUCACCUGCUGAACGGAGGGAUGGCCCCGUGCGUCAACGGGGUCAACGUGUUCCCCAUUUUGACGCCACGGGACUAUGAGCUGCAGGACACGGCAGCCAGCUACAGUGAUGAGGAGCCAGAGACAGAACCCAGAGCUCCUUACGAGGAGGACCUGGCAGAUGAGAUGAUCUGCAUCACAACUUUAUAGCAGUGGCUGGAGAAAUCUGCAUCUUAGAACGACUAUAUCAGUGAAAAAUUCAAAAACAAAAAAAGAAAUGCAUCUGUUGGCUCUGACCAAAAGAAGUGCCUUUAACAGUGAAGAGAAAACAAGGCAUAAAGAAGAGAGACACAUUAGUCCCGCUCCUUGAAUUGUUCUCCACCUGCCAGCAAAGGAGGUCACAGCAGAGCCAGACAGCAUCCCGCUGAGCAGAGAGGGACUGACUGCACCUUCCAAAGGCUGCCUCACACAGCUUCAGCCUGCAGCCAAUCACAGAUAAGGGCAUUCAUGCCAGGGAAAGAUGGACCAAUGGGCAGAGGUGUGAGACACUCUCCAGGGCGGGUCUCUAAGGGUGAUGACAAUCAGAUGUACGAUGUCAUUACCUCGGUCACUUUAUUAAGGUUUGGCAUAUCAUGCAAGUUUUCAAUGCAAGCAUAGAAAGGCAUAUCUCCCCCCUUGUAGAUUUAGAAAAACUUGAACCCUUUGUCGUUAGAACAGAGUGUAUAAUGAUCGCUAAGGCGGAGUCUAAAAGUGAAGAGCUGUACCAGUUUAUGCAGGAACUAACCGUCCUACUUAUAGCAUCAUUCAACUUGAGAUGUGUACUUUUGAAGCAUUUGUGAUAAAUGCACUAGCAGGCAGGUUAUUUUAAAAUUUUAGAAUAGCCUGGUUAAUAUUUCAUAGUUGAUAAUGCUGUAAAUUGUAUUAUAUAACAAAAGAACCUUUGUAAAGAGAUAAUCUAUAUUUUGUAAUUAUGUAUCAUUUAAAAGAUCAGCAAUAUGGACCCUUGUGACUCCUGUUAUGCUACAAAAGCAGCCUUGCAUUCUUUUAUUAAGUAUUUAUUUGCCUUUUUUGUGUUUUGCAUACACGGAUCCUUCAUUUUUACAAUUUCAAUUUUAAGAGGCUCUGCUUGUGUAACAACACUACUGCACAAGAUAUGCAAAAGGCUUUAAUUUCUUAGCAUAGGGGUUUAUGUGUUAAUACAUCAAACCAACACCAGUUUCAUAAGGUUAAGCCCCCUUUAAAGGAGUAUUUUUAGAGGCAAGCUUUAAGGAUCCAGGGCUGAAAUUUUAUACAGAUGUGAUGACCACAUUUGUUUGCAUAUUUUGUGCAGGGCAUGCACAUGAAUUUUAAAUGCAUAGUGCAUUUACAAUGCUGCUUUUUUAGCUGUUUCCAGAGUCAAACCUUGUUUUUGUCAGCCCCCUCUCUAAUGCCUUUUUGCUGCUGAAAGAAAGAAACAUGACAGAAGGUGAUAACAGGGAUAAAUUAAUAUUUCUCAUAGCUCGUGCUGGGAUUUUCCAUGACAUACGGUUUUAUUGAUCAUGGUGGAAUUCCAUUAAAAACCUUUGUAAUGAAUCUUGGCAAUCACAUCUCAGCCUUCAUGUAGUGUGUGGUGGCAGGAGACAUAUGCACACAUCCAAAGGUCAGAAACAGUUGGGUGUAUGUUGUAAGGUGGAGGACAGACAGUGUCCUGCUGUCAGGAUGCUGGAGAGAGGCUAAGCAAUAUGAACCCCCUCCCCGCCCCCCUUUUCUCUCUCAGCCUGCCUGGUUCCUGCUACAGAAUACCUCGUUAGGCAACGUGACAACAUAUCAUUGUGUCAACUUUUCCUGUCUGUCCCAGCGUCCCACGGUGGAGUCUAUGAAAGAGAUCAAAACUUUGUGUUUUCCCCUUGAAACAAAUUUUAAAUGAGACUGGGAAGGAAAACUAACCCUGGAUGAAGAAAAAGGAACCCACAAAUAUCAUUAAGUCAAGUAUCUUUUAUUGAUCCAUAACGAUAGAUUAAAUAAACUGCAGUGGGCUUUUUCAGGUUUUACCAUGGGAGAGUUUUAUUAAGGAUCUUUAGGGUAAAUGUGAUUUGUUGUUCAUGAGUGUUUGAUUUGUAGGCGAGUGCGUCCUGUACUCCAAUUCAACCGAAUACUGUCAUGAAAAUGUAGGUUUUCCAUUUUGUGUGCACAUUGAAAGGGCUCUUUGAAUUGUUUGUGAGUAAAAAAAAAUAUGUGUGCUAGUCCUUUUUACUGAUGACUGUCAUCUUAAAGGGCCGCUGCACACAACAGGCACAUUGUACUAUUCGUAGCAAUUACAGUACUGAUGAACUGAAGAUAUGCAUUAUUUUGUAAAACACUUUUAAAAGUUGUGUUAAACUAAAGAUGAAAAGAACUUACUUUUACCUCAUGUCAGGGAUUCCUGAGAAAAAGAAAAUAACGAUUUGGUUAAGUCAAUACCAAUGGUAUUUAAAUAUUAGCACAUAGCUGUUUGUCUUUGCACAAGUAACUGUAUAGUGCUUUUGUUUCUCCUUUUUCUAAACAGAUUUGUGUAUUAAGGUGAGACAAUUUUGUACUUUUUGUGACUGUGUGUAUGGUUUAGUGGAAUCUAUAUUUGUCAUUUACAGCUCACCUUACAAUGCUGGGAAUGAAAGAGUAUGAAAAAAUAUUUUCAAGGUGCACUGUUUCUCUGUUGGCGGGUAGGGUAAAAAAAACUAAACGGUAAAAGUUUACAGAGAAACACAUAUUGAUUUGAACGUUUCUAUUAGUUUUCUUCAUAUUGUUCUAAUUAUAAUUACUAUUACUACUAUUAAUGUUCUGAAAGCUGUAUUAAAAUAGAAGAUAAUGUAAAAUAUGUACAGAAGUAUGGAAAGACCCAUGGUAAUGUUCUCUACUUGAAAGUCUUGAUAUUUGCUCCUUAAUGUUUUUAUUCAGUAAACAUCAUUUCUCUUAGUAGCAAAUGCUUUACUAUUACCUUCUAGGUUUUGUAUCAAUACAUUUUUUUGUAUUUUUCAUUUG